GCAGCCACAGCCACAAAAGCGGCAAGGGGCGGUACAAGCGGUUUGUAAACAGACGCAACCGCAACGAUUAACAAAGAUUCUUCGAAGCAUUCCUCGCUUGCCCGCGUUGCAGAGAACUCAUGCUCGCCGCCCCCACCUAAUCAACAGCAGAGCGCGCAGUGAGUCUACGUCAGCAGCAUAAAAUAGUGCCGUAGGUGUUUGGCUGCUGCUGCUGCUGCUGCUGCUGCUGCUGGUGCAACGACGCGAUCGCAAGCCUUUCGAGUACUGGAGGGCAGUGAGUGACGUUUAUGCGCUCAACUCGGCAUGGGCGACCUACAAGCAACAAUUGAAUUUUCCGUUGAGCUCUACAAAUUCUUCAAUGUUGACUUAUUUCAACGAGGCCUCUAUCAGGUACGUUGCGGCCUGCGUGUCUCACCGCGACUUCCCGUGCAGGUGGAAACCAGUAUACCAGACACACCGCAAAACAAUUCACAUUCGGCAGAAGUGCACACACAAGCGCAGACAGCCACGAACGGUGGCAGCGGUGGUGGUGGUGACAGCAGCGGCGGUGACGGGGGCGGCGAGGGCGAGGGCGAUAUACUGCAGGAGCAGCGCGACGCCCAGGAUACGAAUGGCGGCAGCCUAUUGUCAGGAUCUGCAUGCAUAAUUAACGGCUGCGGUGCAUCGCGCAUCUUUCAGAUUCUCUACAGGAAUGAGGAAGUGGCGUUGCGCGAUGUCAUUCACUUUCGUACACACUUGUUGGUGAUGGCCGAUUAA